AUGCAGAUUUCUAUCUUCACCGUCCUUGCUGCCGCGGCCAGCUUCGCUGCUGCUCUUCCUACUGGUACUACUGCUGCUAAUGCUACUACCACCACUGCCGCAUCUCCCUCCGCCACUUGCGGCAAGCUUGGUGACUUCCACAAGACCACCGUCAAGGCUGGCCAGACUCUGACCACCAUCGCCGAGCGCUACCACUCCGGCAUCUGCGACAUCGUUUCGCUGAACAAGCUCGCGAACCCUAACGUCAUCUACCCGGGCCAGUUGCUCUUGGUCCCGGUCAACGUUUGCAAGCCCGACAACACCUCUUGCAUCACCCCCACGGGCUCCGCUACUUGUGUCACCGGUGGCCCGGCCACCUACACCAUCAAGUCCGGCGAUACCUUCUAUGUUGUUGCUCAGAGCCUCGGCAUCACCACCGACGCUCUCACCGGUGCCAACCCUGGCGUCGUCCCCGAGAGCCUUCAGGUCGGCCAGGUUAUCAACGUUCCUGUCUGCAAAUAA